CCUAAUCACAUCCGACAACGAUGCACGGCGUCAGAAGGUCCAAACAGACACCACAGGCAAUCGCUACUAGAAAGGAACAGGAGAAGGCCGAGAUUAAGAGCUAUCUAGCCUUGUCAGACGAGGUACUGGGAAAGAAGAAGCUCAAUGAUUGGAGUAAAGAUGCUUUCGAGCUCACUCAGCGCGUCCUCCGCCGCAACCCCGAGUUCUAUACGGUAUGGAACUACAGGCGACAAAUUAUGCUCAACGGGCUCUUCCCUCACUCAACGCCAGAGGAUAUUAACUUCCUCCUCUCAGAAGAACUUAAGUUUACCUCCCUCGUUCUCAGGACCAAUCCCAAAGUAUAUUGGAUCUGGAAUCACCGCAGAUGGUGUCUCGCCAAUAUCCCAGAAGGACCUAUUGUCGAUGACAAUACUACACAGGGCUGGAGACAGGCAGCAUGGGAUGGUGAACUGGCCUUAGCCGAGAAGAUGCUGGAAGCAGACGCCCGAAACUUCCACGCAUGGAGCUAUCGCAGAUACAUUCUCGCUGAUAUGCCCGCCAAGCGGCCAGAAGCGACCGAACUGGCGUACACAAAGAAAAAGAUCCAGUCCAGCAUGUCGAAUUUCAGCGCCUGGCACCAGCGAUCGAAGACGUACACGGCUCUGUGGCAGUCGGGGGCACUGGCGGAGGGAAAGUUCGAGCCUGAAGAGUUUGAUCUGGUCCACAGCGCACUCUGGACUGAUCCAGCCGACCAGAGCGCAUGGAUAUAUCACAGGUGGCUCAUAGGACAGGGCAAAGACCGAGCGAUAUUAGAAGCGGAGAUAUCCCUCAUAGAAGAACUGCUCCAAGAGGAGCCUAACAGCAAAUGGUGCAUGGAGUCACUGGUACAUUACAAGCGCCUUCUGUUAAGGAACCACGAGCCGCAGUCGAGUGAACUGCUCAACAGCUGUCGAGAGCUACUUCAACGUCUGCAAACGAUUGAUCCCCCACGGAAGCAGCGAUACCGCGACAUCGAGUUGGAACUGAGCGCAUGAAGAUAGCACAAUGUAGUAGAGGACUGUCAUGUAUCUCUAGGAUAUGUAUGCACUGUUUUAGGGAUAACGAGGAAAGAGCUCAUGUAGUACUACACCUUGGUUGGGCUCACACAGGCUCACACUCCAUCUAAUACUUUCAUUCACUCAUCUAACAAAGAUAGAGAUGA